UUUCGGAAUGUCUUCGUUUUGCUACACUUACGAACGGAGAAUGAUGUUUAAUAUUUGAACUAUAUUCCGGGUUUGUAAGGCAAGAAAAAUAAACUGUUCACAAAACAUUGGUUAUCAAUGUUGGCAUUAAACGGUUCCCGGAAACAGCAUCUCCCACCGAAAAAACACCCCAGGUUAGAAAUGAAGGAUGCUGAAGAGGACAAAUCAGUGAGCUGCUGGAAUUAGAAGAGGCUUUUAGGGAAGGAUUUACAGUUACUUGAAGCUAUAGUAACACCUCAAAGACAAAAGCACCUUGAAAGAGAACUAAAAUGAAUACCAGCAUCAGAAGCACAGAAGUAGUCGAAUAUUGCUACAAAUUUGUGGAUGGAUCUUGCCUGAAAGCCAACCGAUCAAAUGGCCUCCGAGUAACCCUUUAUGUGUUUGGUGCGGUGGCAAUUCUGGUGACAGUUGUUGGUAACUUGUUGGUGAUCAUUUCAAUCUCACACUUCAAAAAACUCCAUACACCUACUAACUACCUAAUUCUUUCACUGGCAGUUGCAGAUUUUUUGCUCGGUUGUGUGGUUAUGCCAUACAGUUUGAUGAGAUCUAUAGAAAACUGUUGGUACUUAGGGGAAAUGUUCUGCAAACUUCAAGCAAGCUUCGAUUUUAUGCUUUGUGCAGCGUCAAUAUUCCACCUGUGCUUUAUCUCUAUUGAUCGAUAUUAUGCAGUAUGUGACCCACUGAAAUACAAGACCAGAAUUACGCUUCAAAUUGUCCUCAUAAUGAUCUUCAUCAGUUGGAUUCUUUCAGCUUUUGUGGGUUUUGGCAUGAUAUGUUUAGAACUGAAUUUAAUUGAAAUUCGGGAUUUCUAUUACCAUAAUAUUUAUUGCUAUGGUGGCUGUAUACUGCUGAUGGGGAAGAUCUGUUCAGUGAUUUAUUCACUAAUUUCGUUUUACCUCCCUGGAUUUAUAAUGCUGUGUAUUUAUACAAAGAUUUACUUCGUAGCUACAAAACAAGCCAGAGCUAUAAAUGACAUUGCAAGGCAAACCCAGGCAAUCAAAGACAGUAAAAACGUAAAUUCUCAGGCAAGUGAAAGGAAAGCUGCAAAAACUCUUGGAAUAGUGAUGGGCGUAUUUUUAAUUUGCUGGUCUCCAUAUUUCACUUCUAAUUUUAUAGACCCUUUCAUUGAACACACAACCCCGCCUAUUAUGUUUGAUCUCUUUUUUUGGUUUGGUUAUUUAAAUUCUGCAUUUAACCCCGUGAUCUAUGCAUUUUUUUAUUCUUGGUUCCGAAAAGCCCUAAAAAAUAUUUUAACCUUUAAAAUAUUUGCAACUGAUUCCUCAAGAAUAAAUCUAUUCUGA